GUUUUUUUUUAUUGAUUAGUUCUCUGCUAAUUUUUAUUCUUAGAAUGUUAGAAAUGUUUAUUUUUAAACAAUUGCACUUUCGCUUGAAAUUAAUGAAUAAUAUUGCCUAAAUGUUUAUUAAUAAUAAAAAUUACCUAUAAUUAUUAUUAAAAAGGAUGUUCUCUAAGUGUUCGCGACUAUAAAACUAUUGACAUAAAAUCGGGCGUAAGUUAAUCGCUACUUAAAAAAAAAUGAAAGGACGCAAUGUCCUACAAUGACCAAGUGUAACAAAGACAUGCUCAUCGUACUCUUGUGUUGUAUCAUGAAAAUAGUGGAGUUCUCGUCGGGUAAAUCUCCCAAUUGUGGAGUCCCAAGCGACAGAAGGAGGAAGAGGUUUAUGAGACGCCAGAAAGGCAAAGGCAUGACCGAAGUGGGAGUCAUCCGGAGCAGUCCGGACUCAGAUUGCAACAGCAAUCACCACGGUUCGGCCAGUUACGUCAGCAACACUUCUUCGCAAGAUAUCGAUUUCAUUCAAGACAAUUCCGACUACCAGUGGUUCAUCGAUUAUGGGUACAGAGAUGGCGGCACGAACAAUCACACGAGCAUCUUGUCGUUGCCUGAAUCUUAUGAAGCGGCGGAUUUGAACUACUAUGACGCAUUUGCCAAAAACAUUGACGCCAAUUUGGCCGAGGCUGAUAUGGAAAGUUUCCGAACUGAAGAUAUACACGCUCUGUUGAGUAAUCUACCGCCGAUGUGUACCGAUCAUCUAAGUCAAGAGAAUAACAGACAAGGGGAAAAUUAUGCCAGCAUAACCGGAUCGUUGAUGGCCAAAUUCGACUUGGAAAGCUCUUUGAGUCCUCACAACAGUUCGCAAGGCGACGAAUAUUCGGCCAAUUCGAAUUCUAUGUCGAUAUGCAAAUCGGAAUUGCUCUUCAGUCCAGUCAAAGAGACGUUGUUGCCUGUCAAUUUCAGCGUCGAUUCGUUGGAUUCCGAUUUCCACGAUAUGAUGUUGACCUGUCAAGCUAAUAAGGAUAAUUACACCAUCGCGUUCGAGGGGUCUAUUACAACGUAUUCCGAGGAUGACGAUUGCCAUGAGAAAGAUAAGAACACACAAAGCCACAAUACCGACAACACUCGCUGGCCUUCCGACAACGCCAACAAUCCGAAAUCCAACGCCUUGGACAAUUCUAUGACACGAUCGGAUUCGAGCAGCUUCACCACUUGGAGCAAACUGAAGAAAUGCGGCGGCAAUAGUUUGAGACGACAUCCUUCCGGUAAUAAUAACAAUUCCGAAAACGAUGCUAGUCAUUUGGGGCUCACCGAAAACACGAAUAAGAGCCAAAGCAUGCCGAAUUUGUGCAAACGGAGAGAGAAGUUGAGGAGUCUGACCACCAGCGUGGUACAGAGGAAUCCAAGCAAUAGUUCGAGUGAAAACGUUACCGUGAAAAGACGACCAGUCAAAGUGUUCGAUAUUCAGAAUCACGCGAACAGUAGCGAUAGUGGAAGCGUAUCCGAAAUGGCUACUUCGAUAGAUUUGAGUUUCAGCGACAACGCCAACAACAAACAACAACCUAAUUUUAGUCUCGUCAAACUGUUCAUGAAACAGAAGAGCAUGAGCGUCGAAGGAAUGUCGACAACCAUGGACCAGCUAUCGUCAUCGGAAAACUGGCCGGCAAGUCAAUCGGAAGAAAGCACCACCUCAUCCAAAGAAAGUAUCAAUAAUACGAAAACCUGUUUCGAUUCUAAAACCAACGAUUUCAUAGCAAAAACGUGCGAUUCCAUAUCGGAAGAACCCGAAGACGAAUCGCCCAGACACGCACAGAAACUUUCUCCAGUAACGAACUCUCGUUCUUGUCCAGGAGAAAAUUCCAAACAGAAGUGUUUCAAUAAUAACGACAGUUUUAACGGCGAAAAAGAAAAGUGCGCCAGUAAAAUGAAUUUGACGAAUAUCCUGAUGAACAGAAGCAUACAGACGUCGCAGUUUUCCGAAAUUACCAAUCUGAAAAACGCCAACAAGAUAAAUUCUGAAGCAUCUUCGAAGAAAUCUGUAAAGAUUUUGGAACCGUCGUUUCUGAACAAACUAAAACUGGAAGGCGAAGGGAAGAAACCAGUUUACGUGUUGUAUCCCAAUUACGUUUUACCUAAUUUGGAUUUCAUCAGCGAUCAAAAUAUCGCUUCUGAACUGUUACUGCUACCCCAAAAACCGCCAAGAGUCAGUUUCAGCAAGCGCAGACCGUUCAGCUGCAACGAUAUCGAAAGUUUGAAGAAAAAAGGAUUCGGGCACGUACAGGAUUGGGAUUCGUUGAAUUUCCUUUUACCGCAGGAGUACCGCGUUAUUCUAUCAGAAGUACCGGAGAUAUCCGAGCACAUCAAACCGCCUUCGAGAGAAAAACCAUCUUUUCUGCAAAACAAAUUCGCUAACGCUAUUAAAAAGCGUCCUUUGAGUUGCGAGAUCAAUCAGUCUUCCAGUUCGAGUACAGCAACGCAACCGAGUUCCGGUUACCGAGGGUCUUCAAGUCUUUUGACGGAUUCUCAAAACAGUCCUGUUCCCGUUAACGCUAAUUUAAAUCCGUUGUUCGUCUAUAGAUACGAUAGCGUUACCAGUUCCGAUGCUAGCUUGCUGAACAGCGAGAAAUACAGGAGUAGAACCAAAUAUAUACAUCAGGAUGAGGAUAGUCAGUUGCCAAAAGGGAUAUUGAGGAAAGGAUCAGAGAAAGACAGUUGCAAACGUUGCAGCAUGUAUGAAACCAGCGAAGAAGAAACCACUGAUGAUCCGAAAUAUAAAAGAAAAUCCUUACACGAUCCUUACUAUAUACAUCAGCGAUUCAAACGCUUUUCCGAAACUGAAGACGAAGGAGUCGAUGCAGGCACUUCUAGUAGCAGUUUGGAUGAAAAUCCUGAUUGCCCACCAAAUAUAACUGCCAGCGAAUUGGCGCAACUAGAAGAAUUCCUGAAGCUUAGCGGCAUUUCCGUUUCCGAUAACGAAGAGAAUUUGGGACAAUUGAAGUCUUACGUCAGCAAGUUCUUGGCGUUGAAGUUGAAUCAGGAAGGUAGAAAAUGCGUCAGUUUUGCCGGUUUGCCGAAGCAGUUCGAGCAGAAACAAUUCGUACCGCCGAAUAAUUCGCCGAACAUUUCGGCGUUUGUCCAGCAGAAAAAGAAACUAACUGACAUGCCAAUUACCGAGGAAUCCGAAAAUUACAGCCGGCAAACGACGCCGGUGCAUUUAACCAAAAACGACAAUCUGAUCCAAAAGCGGUCCCUAAUAGUCGCUAUAACCGAUUCCGUUGAACAAAUCAUGCACCAUUUCUCCUUAGCAUCCAAUCAAAGCGAACUCAACACUCUAGGUGACUCUGCUUUGAAUCCAGCUUGCGCUAAGUUGCUUUUAUCGACUUUAUGUCCCGCUCUGUAUGCUGUAUUAAGCGACGGAUUGAAGCCUAGCAUCGAAACCAAUUUCGGUGCUAUCCAUAAUUCCGUAUGGCAAGUGGUUGAAGCAUCGGCGCAACAAGGACCUUUAACGAACGCUUUAAACGAACUGGUGAUGAGGAUCAACAGUGAAGAUGCCGUUACAGAGGGUUUAGUGAAAUUCAACGCUUUCGUCUUCGGAUUGCUAAACGUGAGAUCUUUAGACGCGUGGACCAGUUACUUGAGAACCAGGGAAAGCAUACUGAAGAAGCAUUAUACUGGGGAUUCUUUAUUAGUUUUGUCACAUACCGGUGGAGUCGGUGUCAGAUCGUUGUUAGAUGCGAUGGUGUCAGCGUUGAGGCCGUUAGCGUUUUUACCGUUCCAGUUGGAUUUGUUGUUCGAAAUCAAAGAGUUGCAUCUGAGUUUCAAGAGGAUGGAUUCUUAUCAUCAGCCUUUCAGUCCAACGCAUAAACGUACACCGUCGCCCAACUUCAAACAAUUCCAUCGCUCCAAUUCGGAAUCAGAAGAUAUAUCGUCGGUAAAUACUGUGCGACAAUAUCCGGUGAUAGAAGAAACGACUUUACCCGAUUUGCUGCACUCUUCCACGUUCAAGUCGCACAUAAAAGCCCAUAAAGAACGACCGAGAUCCUGCAUAGAGACGAACUCGUACAAUCUCAAUUUCAAGGUGGGCGAUGAUGUUAACGAUGUAACCAGAAAACGGUGGUCGGGCAUUGCGAUGAGUUCGAAGCUGUAUCAGGCUUAUCAUAGACUGACCAAAGACGAUGAAGAGUACGCGGAUAGCUUGGAGAAUCAGGAAAAGAGCGAUGAUUCUAAUACUGCGGAGAAUGUGCCUUCGUUGUUGGACGAUCGUGAGCCAGAGUCGCUGGAUUCCAAUUUUUCCGAUAACAAACCGAUCAACGCCAAAAGAUUCAAGAAAUUACAAAAGAAAUGGGAAAUGUUAAGCGGGCAAAAUUCGACCGAAUCUCCUCCUCAAUCACCUACUCAUACACCGAAAUCGAGAAUACCUAGACCUAUCACUUCGCCCAUUAAACCAUCAGGCAUCCCUGUACCUGUAGUCAGUAACAAAACUGUAAAGAAAAUUACUAGUCCGACGGUUGCUGUUAAAACAAGCACUCCAGUCAAGAGUUUGAACACUGUAAAAAGUUCACCAGUCAGAAGACCCGUCCCCACUACAAGUUAUGGUUGGUUUACUAGGACGAGCAGGAUGGAUCAGGUGACCCAUCCAACUGACGUUCCUCGGCAUCCUCAGAGGCCGAGCAGUCUGCCGUAUAGACCUCCGCAAAACGGAAAACCUUCCAAAAUUACGCCACCAAGGCGAGCGGUGUCGAGUUCUUUGAACAGAAAGCCUCUAAGUGAUAGUAAAAUACCCAAGGUUGUGAGAACCAUAGGCAGGCGAUUGCCGUCUGAAAGCGGCCAUCUUGCUUACAACGACGGUGAGAAACUUCGCGUCGUCUUGGAGGUAGACGAAAAAUGGCUGUUGUGCUGCCGCGGCACCCAAAAGGGUCUGGUACCCAAAUCGUCCGUCAUAGCGGACGCCGGACGAUUCUGACUGUAAAUAUUUUUUUUAGUUAGUUUUUAAGCAAAAAAAUAUCGCUUGAGUUGUAAAUUUUUAUACAGACUGCACCCUUAGAAUUAACUCAAAUUAAAUUAAUUUAAAUAAUAAUGAUAAAAUAGUAACUCGAUAUAUUUAGGGGAUAGUUAAGUUUCUGUAAAAUGUUUUUCAGACUUGAAAGUUUUUUUUUAAACCUAUAAAUGUUAUUUCAUACUAGUUUGCUUAUUUUCUAAUUUAUAUUCACUAAUUUAUCUUCUGAAUCAUUUUUCUUAAUUUUCGAUAACGAUGGGAUCUGCAUUAUCGACCAUACGAUUUGCGGCUUACUUCACUCUGCGAGUCUAGCCUGGUUUCGAACUCCUCUUGCAGUGAAAUUAAUGAUUGAUUAAAUUUUCUCGAAUAUUUUGACACUUUUACAUUGUAUAACUUUUUAUUUUUGUUUUUCUCUAUGCGAAAAAUGUCUGAAUUUAGAAAUGAGCAAACUAGCGUUGUCGUCGAUGAAUUUUCCCGAAUACGCCAUUGAUUAAAUUAUCGAUAAUUUGAUUGUAUUUACUCUUGAGUAUUAUUUUCGAUACUGACAAUUUUAUGAGAUUGUUAUUAGAUAAAUUUCGGUUUUUAUUAUUUUAAUUCCUUAAAUAUUAAAGAUGGUGCUUGAGAUCCAUUUUUUCUGUUUUUCUCUUUUUCUCUUGUGUAUUGUGUAGAGAAACUUUUUACAAACAUGCAUAUAAUUUGAAAUUGGAUGUAAAUGAAAAAAAAAAGGAAGAUCUAUUAAAGAUUUUCUAUUUUUUUUUCUUUCAAUUUUUGAAAUUGAAAUUUUUUUCUCUAAUUGAUUUAUUUUAAUUAAAAAAAAAAGAAGAUUGAAAGAGAUGGAACCGGACAAAAGUUUUAGUUCUUUUUUAAUUAUCGAAAUUUUUUGCAUUUUUUUUUUAUUUAUUAGAUACUCUUUAUAAAAUAUCGAAACUAUACAAAUCGCUAUAUAAAAAUUUACCACUACUGAAAUAAUUUAAUAUGUAUUUUUGUUGCUUUAAUACGUUUGGGGUGUCAAUGUAAAGAAGAUAAUUUAAAAUAUGUUUGGAAAUCCACUUUAGGUUUGAAUGAAAAUCGACUUCAAUAAAAUUACGUUUAUACCGAUCUUCAUUUGUUCUCAGAGAUUUACCUCGGACCAAAAUGUUUCCUUGUCCUGUCAUUAUUCUUUUUUUUUUCCUUUUUUGAUCCAACCUUUGGUUCCAUCUGUUAUUAAGUAGAUAAAAAUUAAAUAUCUAGACCUCUACAUGUAUUUCAUCUUCUAUCUCAAUCUUCCGUUUUAUUUGUCUUGUUUCAUUUUUGGUAUUGUCAUAUUUAUCUCUGUUGAUACACUAUAAAAAAUAUUUUCGUACUCAAAGACAGCGGCAUCGCUUUCAAAUUGAACAGCGAUCAGGAUGGCUAACUUCACUCCGGUCCAGAAGAAUGGGAUCUGUAUUACCGGCCGUAUGAUUUGCGGCUUCUAGCCAGAAUGGUAUUCAUGGUAUACAUCCGUUGUGGUUUCAAUAUAAUUUAAGAUAAUCAAUAUAUUUUUGGAUAUCCACUUUAGGUUUGAAAGAAAAUCGAUUUCAAUAAAUUUACGUCCACAAGGAUCGUCCUUUUUUUCCUCAGAGAUUUCCCUCAGCCCAAAAUUAUCUUAACUAAACUUUUCCCUCGUUCUUUCAUUAUUUUGCUUCUUUAUUCCUUUUUUAUCCAACCUUAGAUUCCUAGGUUUAUUUUUGGACUUUCAAUUAGAUGAAACUUUAUUUUCAAAAAAGAUCACGAAACUCCUAAUAAUGUUCUUUGAUCUCAAUCUAAUUUUGUAAGUCCUGGAUUCGCAUUGUUUCAUUUUUUUUUUUUUCGUUAUUGUUAUAUUUAUCUCUGUUGAUAAAAUAUAAAACAUUUUGGUAUUCGAAGACACCACCUAGCGGCAUCGUUUUGAACUUGAACAGCGUUGAGCGUGACCGACUUCACGCCGGUUGAUAAUUAUGAGAUCUUUAUUACUGACCGUAUGAUUUGCGGCCAAUAGUGCCAAUCUAGCGAGCUUUUAAACCAGAAUGGUAUUCAUUACAUCCCUUCCCUUGACCAAAUCUUUCAUCCAAGAAACUUUUGUUGCACUAUUUCUGAGUUUUGUUUAUUAUAUACAUUGUAGGUUUUUACUGCUUGUGGGAAUGUUGAAUCGUCUUCAUCUUUGCUUUGGGAUUCCUUGUGCUAUCUCAUAUUCUGACUUUCUGUCAAUAUAGAGGUAUUGCAACCACUCCCACACCUACUAACAAUUUAAUAUCCAUUUCAUAAACAUUAACCGUGUAACAUGUCUGAUCCUUUACUAAUAUAUGAAUAACGUUCCUAAUGCUUAUACUUCAGGCAAUAUUUGUUUGAUGGUUCUUCCUUUCUAAUUGAAACAAUUAAAACAAAUUAGUAGAAACUAGGUUUGAAAUUUUCUCCAUAAAUUGGUUGUCUUUUGUCAUGUCUGUUAACUUCUUGUCUCUUAUGGAUUUCUAACCAUGCUAUUUCUAUAAUUUCUUUGCGGUGGGUUCCCUUGU